AUGAACACUCAGGUUAAUACCACCAAUCAUGUCUCGACAUCGUACAGCCAAAUUGCCUGUAUCGGCACUGGACUCAGUGCAAUAGCUCUGGGGGCAACGCUCAAGAGGUGGUACGAUAUGGACGAUAUUCAAUUUUUCGAACGCCAUACCGAUUGCGGGGGAACGUGGCACAUCAGUUCAUACCCUGGAUGUGCUUGUGAUGUUCCCAGUGCUCUUUACAGCUUCUCAUUCGCUUUGAGCUCCCGUUGGACCAAACUCAUGCCUUCGUACAAAGAGAUCAAAUCCUACCAUGAUGAGGUAGUGCAAACCUACGGUCUGCGUGAUAAAAUGAGAUUCUGCACGGAAGUAAAAGACUGCUUUUGGCGUGAGGACAUUUCUAGGUGGACCAUGAAGCUUCACAAUGUGGCUACAGGUGAGAUUACCUAUCAUGAGUGCCAGAUACUUUUCGCAGCUACGGGUCAACUGGUGGAGCCAAAGCCCUGCGAUAUCCCGGGAUCUGAAACCUUCAAAGGUUCCAUAUUUCACUCAGCAAGGUGGGACCAUAAUGUUGAUUUGAAGGACAAAAACGUCAUUGUGAUUGGAAAUGGAUGCACUGCCGCCCAGAUCGUACCUGCUAUUGUGGAUCGUACAAAAAGCUUGACUCAGCUGGUUCGUAGCAAGCAUUGGAUUUUCCCAGCCCCUAAUUUCACAUACCCUCGAAUUUUGCAGUGGAUCUUUCGUUAUGUCCCUCUCACUAUGCGACUUCACCGGUUACAUAUAUUUCUCAUCGCUGAGCGAGAUCUGCGUUUAUUCCCCAUGACCAAGGCAGCCGGUAAAUUACGUCUCCAACGUCGGAAAAGGGUUGAGAAAUAUAUGCGACAGACCGCUCCGGCCAAGUAUCAUGAUACUCUGAUUCCCGACUUCGAUGUGGGGUGCAAGCGACGCAUUUUUAACGGUGGAUAUCUCGAGUCACUUCACAAUGACAAGCUGUUUCUCCAACAAGCAAAGAUAACCGAGAUUACGCCCGAUGGAAUUCGGACUACGGAGAAGUUUUAUCCCGCAGAUGUCAUCGUCCUUGCCACAGGUUUCCAGACAAACAAGUUUCUGCCAUACACAGAGAUCCACGGGCUUGAGGGGUCCAUUUCAGAUCAUUGGGCCAGAUAUGACGGGCCAGGGGCAUAUAACUGUUCAGUUAUGAGUGGGUUUCCAAACUUCUUCCUGUUACUAGGACCAAAUGCGGCAACGGGUCAUACAUCUGCCCUAAUGGCAGCUGAAAAACAUAGCUCUGUGAAUUACGCGCUUCGAGUGCUUAAGCCUAUCCUAGAUGGGAAGGUGGCCUCGAUGAACUUAAAGCAAGAAGCCGAGGACUCGUAUGUCUAUCGUGUUCAAGAGGCCCUUCACCACAUGGUCUGGAAUGCAGGCUGUGCUUCUGUAUGA